UUGUUGAGCAAUUUUGUAAGACCAAACAAACCAAACAUCCUUAUUACUAUUGCUUUCCCCACCAAAGCCACAAAAACCAACUAGUCUUGACUUUGAAGAAUUCAACUAUCACUCCACAUCUCCAAUCUCCAAUCUCCAAUCUCCAAUCUCCAAUCUCCAAUACCGCUUGUUUAUACUUGAAGCUAAUCUAUUCACGAAAUCCAACAAAAAUUGUUGGCAAAGAUUCAAGAAAUGUAUUCACUUCUCAUCUCAUACAAAAAUUUAAUCUUUCAAAUCUUCCUUUCCCUUUCACUCUCUGUCCUUCUCUACUUCAUCUCACUUCCUUGCUUAAUUCUUAAUGGAUUAAACACUUACAUUCACCCAGAUGAUGUUAACCCAUCCAAACCUCAAUCUGGUCCAAAAGUUGCCAUUAAAAGACCUUCUGAUCAACCGUCCAAUCAAGGGCUUAAUGGUUUUCAAUCCCUUUCUUCAAGAACAACAUCUGAAUUAAAAUACAGGAAGAAAACCCAGGAGAAAUUUGAGUUUGAUGAAAGCAAAGCUCAGAUCUUUCGACUUAAAUUAGGUGAUGCUCAAAUAAGUUCUCGACUUUAUUUCGAUAGUUAUAGAAGUUCUUUCAAUACCUUUUUUAUUGGUUGUUGUUGCUUCAUUUUGCAAAUGUAUAUAAAUUUGAAUGUGGGUAAUGAUAAAAACGAUUAUGGGGUUUUAAAAAAUGGCUCUUUAGUUCCAAUUUUGAUUGGGAUUUUAGGACUAUUUAGGGUAUUGGUUUCUUUUCUUCGUGUUUCUAUUGAAAGAUCUGCAUUUAAAAGGUCUGAAAGACAGUUGGGAUUAGUAAUUGGAGUUUUGGGUUUUUUUGUUGCUCUUGUGAUCUGCAAUGGGGUUUAUCCUUGGAUUAUUGACAUUGAAUUUAGCUCUAUUGAUGGUUUUGGAAAGUUGUUUGUGGCUAUAUUUUCCGGUUUCAGUGCUGGGUUUUUGUACAUGGCAGCUGGUAAGAAUGCUCGAGCUUUUUGGCUUGGAACAGAUCAAAUUAGAUGUAACUUAUCUAUAGUUUCAUGUGGAUUGUUUGCCCACAUUGUCUUCUGUGCAAAUUACUUGUUGUUAGGGUUUACCACUUUGCUUUGGAUCAACCCAUUUGCCCAAAUUUUGAUCAAGAAAAACAUAGGUGUUGUUAGAGGAUCACAAUCUUCUAGAUUUGAUGAUGGAAGUAGAGAUAGAUUGGUAGGUAAUGUGGGUAUGAUUGAAGCUAAUUUUGUUAAAUUUAAGUUGUUGUGCUUGUUGCUAUCCGGGUUGUUGCAAGUUCUCGCAUUGCGCUGGAACCUACAAAUUUACUUGAACGAGGCCGUGUUGUCGUGGUAUCAAAGAUUACACGCCAGUGUGAUCCCUGAAAUGGAUUACAGUAGGGCUAAGGUUUUUCUGCACAAUCAUUAUUUGUGCCUUGCUGUUAUACAAUUUUUCGCACCGGCAGCUUUGAUGCUGCUUUCAUUGGGACUGUCUCAGGUUGAUGUUGGCUUAUUUGAUAACUUUCAAGCUAUUUGUAGUGUGCUUCCCUGCUCGGUUUUUGUAAAAGAGGUAGCCCUCUUCCUGGCUUGGUGGGUUUCCUUUCUAUGGUUUGUCUUCACCUCAGCAUACCUUGCUUUUUAUAGGCGUGGGGUUUUGUAUAUUUCAUGAUGUUGUCCUUGUUUUGUUGAGAGUGUUACGGAUUUUCUUCACCUUUUUUGUAGAAUUAUCAUUUUUGUAACAACAUAGGCCGAAAAUAUAGGGUAUCCUAUGCAAUUUCCCUUUUAUUUAUGUGAAUUUGCAUAUGUUGUUUGCUAUCUAGGCUGAAUUGGUAACACAUUCUCUUUGUUAUAUUGUUUCCUUGGUUUUAUGGAUCUGCUGCAAUUUUCUUAUAAUGGGGCUUCCCGGUGAAUGGUGAUAUUAGUUACUUAAAUAGAAACAUGUGUGAUGCUGAAAACUCUUCUCUGAUAUCUUUGUAAAAAUUGUUCUGUAUGCCCAAUCCUUGAAUUCUCGGAACCAUCAAUGCAUUUUUUUCACCUAUCUUGGCUUAUCAAAUCUUUACACUUUUUAUUUAUGAAGUGGCUGAUGAUGUGUUAAAUCAAGUGUUACCGGAGAGUAAAUUGUUUUAAGCCCUUUAAAACUAAGGGUAUGUUUGGUAUCCGAAUCCCUUGAUUUGGUAGCAUCUCUUAUAACUGGCAAGUGGCAACAAAAUGUGUAUUGCUUUCUCUAGAGCUGUUCAAAUGUGACCCGACAUGAGAACCUAAACCGAAACCGAAAGUAAACUGGCUCGAAAAUGUGUUCCUUUUUCCGAUUAAUCGAACCGAAGUUGUACCCCUAACCGGUUGACAUCCGAAAUAUGGAAAACUGAACCCGAUCUACGAUCAAUUUUUGUAACCAACAUAUAACCGUUAACUGAGAUUACGCAAACCUAUUAGUGGCCGAUCUGAGUCAUAUCCGAAUCGAAUCAUGCUUGGAAUCAAACACAAUCCGGCUAAAACCAACUUAACUCGAACGAAUUUUUAAUCGAACUACUAUA